UCACUGAAUUCAGACUAUCUGAGAAGAUCAUCUUCAUUUCCCUCAGCACUCUCCAGUCUCCAUAUAGGAAAAGAAUGAUGGACAACUAUACUGUCCUUUUGUGUAGUAUUAUGCUCUCCCUCUCUCUGUUUAUAUGCUUACUAAGAAAAACUGCAGACUCAAAGAAGAAAGCUAAGCUUCCUCCAGGUUCAAUGGGGUGGCCUUACAUUGGACAAACCCUGCAACUUUACUCUCAAGACCCAAACUUUUUCUUCUCUCAUAGAGAAAAAAGGUUCUCCCACAAAUACUCCGUCCGUCCGUCCUACUGAACUUUGUCAACUUUUCUUUUUUGUUUGUCCCAAAAAACUUUCACUUUCCUUUUAAUGCAAUGGAUUCAUGAUUCUGUUCAUUUCUCUCUCCUCUACAUAAAUCUCAACCACACAGUUUUUAUUAUUCUAAUUUCUCAGCCAACAUCAACUUGACAAAGUUGAGUGGAACGGAGGCAUGGGAAGAUCUUCAAGACUCAUAUACUGGGGUACCCUUGUGUCAUGCUGGCCAGCCCGGAGGCUGCCCGGUUCGUGCUAGUGACCGCAUCGAACUUGUUCAAGCCCACAUAUCCAAAGAGCAAGGAGAAUUUGAUAGGGCCUUGGGCAUUGUUUUUCCACCAGGGGAACUACCAUACUCGUAUCAGGAAGGUGGUUCAAAGUGCCCUUAAACCAGAGUCCAUUCGCAACUUUGUUGCUGAUAUUGAGGCAACAACAAUCUCUACAUUGGACUCGUGGGCGGGCGGGCAUGUUGUCAACACGUUCAAGGAGAUGAAGAAGUUUUCUUUCGAGAUAGGCGUUCUUGUUAUAUUUGGACAUCUUGAGGAUCACCACAAAGAAGAACUCAAGAAAAACUACAGCAUAGUUAACGAAGGGUACAACUCUUUCCCAACAAAUUUACCAACAAGUCUUUACGGAAAAGCACUCAAGGCAAGGAAGAGACUGAGCAAAAUAUUAAGUGAAAUCAUUAAUGAGAGGAAGGAGAAGGAGGUAGAGGAGAAGGGGCUUUUGAGUUGUUUCAUGAAUUAUACAAAUGAUAAGGGAGGAAUCAUUCUCAAUGAUGAUCAAAUCGCGGACAACGUCAUAGGAGUUCUUUUCGCUGCACAGGACACAACAGCUAGUGUCUUGACAUGGAUUCUCAAGUACUUACAUGAUAACCCCAAACUUCUCGAGUUCAUUAAGGCUGAACAUAAAGCAAUCCAAAUGUCUAAAACUGAAGUGAAUUGCCAACUCACAUGGACAGACACAAGAAACAUGCCCUUGACUAACAAGGUUAUCUCGGAGACCUUAAGGAUGUCAAGCAUUAUAUCUUUCACAUUCAGAGAAGCAAUUGAUGAUGUAGAGUACAAAGGGUACCUAAUUCCAAAAGGGUGGAAAGUCUUGCCCUUGUUCAGGAACAUUCAUCAUAACAUGGAGUACUUUACUGAUCCCCAAAUCUUUGACCCUUCAAGAUUUGAGAAUUGCAGGAAACCCAAUACGUUUAUGCCAUUUGGCAGCGGGAUACACGCCUGCCCGGGAAACGAGCUUGCCAAGCUGGAGAUGCUAGUGAUGACACAUCACCUAGUAACCAAGUUCAGGUGGGAAGUGGUAGGUUCUCAAGAGGGGAUUCAGUAUGCCCCAUUCCCAGUUCCUCUCAAUGGCCUCCCAACAAGAUUUUGGCAUGAAUCUGUUAUCUAAAGCCCAUCAUCAUCAUCAUGGAAUCAUCUGUUUUCUUCUGAUCACAUCACAAUUAAGGAUAAAAAUGUACAUUUUCUAGCAGUGAUGUGUGCUCAAGUGUUUUUAUUUAUUUGUUUAUUAUAUAUGUGAUGAAUAUCAAUUCUCCUGUCCCAACAUUGCCUGCCUUUACAGCUAGCAACUUUCAUCAUCUGCACUUGAAGAAGUGGAAAAUGUACAAAUUGAUUGAAAGAAAAUAAAAUGUGCACUCCUUUGUCUUGCCUUUUUCUG